AUCCUCGCCGGAAGUGCAUUUCUGGUCUCCCGGGCAACAGCCCCUCCCUCCCGCGCCCCUUCGGUCUCCUCACAGGAAAUAGGCCCCUGCUCGCCCACCGCCCGAGAUCCGCGAGCAACGAGCCCACGAGCUCCGCCAUCCCAUUAGGAGGAAAGCUGCUGUUCAGUCCAUGAAGACGUGUGCCGCAAGAGUAGGAGACACUCCCAAAGAGGCAUUAUGUGCUGCAGACUCUCAGAAAAAUAUUCAGAUUUCGGUGAUACAAAUACGAAACUGGGCUGGAAUGAAUUAGCCACUUCCAGGCUGCACCUUACAGUUUAGCACUCAAUCUCAGUGCCCAUUUGGACGUCCACAAUCAGAGAUGGCAGCAGAGGUGGCAUCCCGGAAAGCUACUGAGCCUUGGUCUUUUCAUCCAGUAUAUGCAAGAUACUGGCGACAUUAUCAUCAGGCGAUGGCCUGGAUGCGAAGCCACCAUAGUGCCUACAGGAAGGCCGUGGAAUCGUAUUUCAGUUGCCCGUGGUCCUUCCCUCCUGCAGCUCUUCCCCAGAGCUCUUACACUAACAAGGCCAAAUCUCCUCGGCCCUCUCGUGACCAUGUCCCGGCUUCCACGGACUCGCACUGCGGUUCUGCACAUUCCAGAAGGUCUGGGCAGCAUCCACCAGCCCGCCCGAGAGAACGCCGAGCUGGGCCCUCCACGGAGGAGGCGGAGUCCGAGUCAGACGGGGGCGUGGAGUGCGACCUGAGCAACAUGGAGAUCACGGAGGAGCUGCGCCAGUACUUCGCCGAGACCGAGAGGCACAGGGAGGAGCGCCGGCGGCAGCAGCAGCUGGACGCGCAGCGCCUGGAAGACUACGUGAACGCCGACCACGACCUGUACUACAGCACCCGCCGCUCAGUGGAGCCCCCGUCCGAGAGGCCUGGCGAGCGGCGCAAGGCUGAGAUGAAGCGCUUGUAUGGGGACAGUGCCGCGAAGAUCCAGGCCAUGGAGGCCGCCGUGCAGCUGAGCUUCGACAAGCACUGUGACAGGAAGCGGCCCAAGUACUGGCCGGUCAUUCCGCUCAAAUUCUGAGCCCGCGGCGCGGGGUACCCAGCCAUCCCCCCCUUCCUCCUGGAUUCACUCAAUCUCUCCUUCUGUGCAUUUUCUCAGGGAAAUUUCUCUUACACGGAGAAAGAAGCAUGUCACCAAAGUCCCAGGGGGCCCAUCCCAGGGCUGGGUGUAAUACGUUGGCCACUUGAAGUCAGCAAGAUGUGUACUGUUGCCAACAUGAAAGAUUUUCUUUUGACCUAAAAUGGUAAUUUCAUAUAUAUUAUGCUUGGUUUUGAUGUCACUAAUAAUGUUCAGUUCAUUAAAGUCCUCACUUAGAGAAACUGCCUCGUUUUUUGCCUUUUUCUAUUUUCUUCUGUCCUGUCUUUAACCCAACUGAACUGCAACGCACAUGCCUUGAAUGAGUCAGAUGUCCUCUCCUGCUCGAACUCCUUUAGCCCCCACUGAAAAUGACCCAGUGGGACAAACACCACUUCUCCCCGACGUAGAGGUCAGCGUGCAUGUCCUGUAAAGGAGCAGAGAGUGAAUAUUUUCGGCUUUGCAGGCCGCACAGUCUUUGUUGCAACUACUCUGUUCUGCCCUUGCAGCAUGAAAGCAGCUGUAGAUGGUGAGUAAACAAAUGGGUGUGGGUGUGUUCCAACAAAACUUUAUUUAUAAAAACAGGCCUUGGGCCAGAUUUGGCCUAAGGGCAGUAGUUUGCGAACCCACUGCUCUAAUGGAAUGAGAAUAACCGUCUUGACAUUUUUCUUGUUAUCUCAUUAUCUCUAUAGAGCUUGAAUGUCACAGAAUUGAGAGCGAAGAACAGUAAUUCCCAAACCUGCUCACCUCUGCAGUAUCCUCUGUUGUAGAAAAGGUAUGAUUGAGCUCUUACUAUGUAUAGUGAAUGUUGCUUUGAGAAGGGAAUACAUUUCUGAGGAUGAAAAUCUAAAAAUUGACGGAACGGUCCAUUUAUAAAAGCCAGCUGCCUUUUAAAUAAGUUAUCACAGUAUGUUGCCAGGGUGAGCCCAUGUUGACCUGAGAAGAUUAGCACAUCCAUCAAAGGUUGGUGAAAAGAUUACGUAUUGACAUGUUUCUCCCGAAGAACACUUAGCUCCACAUUUCAGCCCCUGCCCUGAGACAAAUGCAUUACUCUCACCAGCCCCAGGUGCUUAUUUUUCCAAGCUCUCAUUGUAUUCCUGGAGUUGUGAUUUGUGCUUGGGUACUGCCGACAAAAAUCAGAAUUAACUUCCCUUGAGGUGACACAGGACUAAAAUUUCAAAUCCUUGGGGCGCCUGGGUGGCUCAGAUGGCUAAGCGUCUGCCUUCGGCUCAGGUCAUGAUUCCAGGGUCCUGGGAUCGAGCCCCACGUCGGGCUCCUGGCUCAGCAGAGAGCCUCCUUCUCCCUCUCCCUCUGUCUCCCCCCGCCGCUCAUGCUCUCUCUCUCUCUCUGUCUCAAAUGAAUAAAUAAAAUCUUUAAAAAAAAUAAAAUAAAUAAAAUUUCACAUCCUUAGUAGCUCUUGUUUUUUUCUGUGAAACUCCUACACCGAAAUAGAAAAUAAGUAUGGCUCAGGCACAAAUACAAACCAAAGCCUGUAAUUGCAGCAGCUUCUUAGCUAUUUGAGAGUGAAACGUUCUCUUGACAAAGGACUCUCAUACCUUCCCCCAGAGAAACCAGUAUGCGGGCCCGGGCCUGCUGGCUUUGUUAGCGCAGGUGCGGGCCAGCUACUUCGCGCUCCUUACACGGGUGGGGGUUCGUGAUGCCCCCACGUGGGGUCCUUGUGAAGACCGCACUGGAUUAGUGCCUGUGAAUCACACACUGCUGGCCACAUGGUGAAGACUCAGGAAACGUUGACAUGUAGUCCCUGCCUUUAAAAAUGGCCAGAGUGCCAGUGGAAGUCCUGGGUAUAUAUGAAACUUCUUCCAGAUACGGAGAGGUGUUUCCCCUGGCAGCUCUUCAAAUGGAUGCUUUGGCUUUUCGGCAUCCGGGAGGGACCCAUGAUUUGAUGGUGGAUUUAUUCAGCAAAUUUUUGAGUCCUUUCUGUUGCAGUUAGCUAAGCGUUAGUCUCUUCCCUCGGGGGAACUUGUCUUCUAGGAGGAGAGGCAUAUAGGUGUGCAGUGCUGGUAAUCGCAGUCUGUGCUCCGCUGGGGGCAUGCGCAGGAGCCGCGGCAGCGGGGAAGCAAGACGGGACAGGGCAGGGCUUCUCAGCCUCUGCACUGCUGCCAUUCCGGGCUGGAUUAGUCUUUGUUCUAAACAAGAAUACAUGCUAUGGAUGCAUAUGUAUGUAUGAAAAUCAAGAGGCUUGCAUGGACAAAGUUCACACCAGUUUCAGAAUCGUGGUUACUUCUGAGCAUUGGCAUGAGGAUUGGCGUGCCAUUCAAAAGGGGUUUUCCUGUCUCUCUGGUAUUUCAUCUCUUUCUAACAGAAAAGCUAUGAUAGGAACCCCACUUUUAUGGAGGCCCCCAAAUUCAGACUCUGUUCUGAUAUAAAAUAGUUUAUCUUUCACUGCAUUCAUAGGGUUAACUGUUACCUGAAAUGUUAAACGCUUCUGUAGGGCUUACUCUAGGUACACACUUUUGUAAUUGCUUUAAGAAUACUAAUUUCCUUGGUAAUCAGUCUGUGUGACAAACCUGUAAAGGAGCUGUGUGACAAACCCUGGGGUCAAGUGUGUUGCAGAAUACAGACAUUGUUGUACUUUUGAAAGGUACAACAGCAUAUUCUAGAACUUGUCCCAAUGGGCUGGGCCAGCAGCCUGUCAUCAAAGACAGUUGUGCAGUAAAAUGGAAGGAUAUUCUAACUGGGA